AUGUAUCGCGGCUCGUUCGCUCCGCCGCCUGCGCAAUCACCGCCACUUCACCACCCCGUCCCGCAACAUGUCUCGACAGUCCCGAUGAUGCGCUCACCUCCACCACCAGUUCCUCAACAACCUCCCAGUGCUGGCUAUGGCGGGAACCCAUAUCAGCCAUCGCCUGCUCAGGGUGGCAGUGGAUCUUACGCGCCUGGCCCCGGGUUUGGUGGGUUCAUGAACGAACCCACGGCGCAGAUGGGAUUCCAGGUUGGCAAGACCGCCAUGGCCGCUGGACAGGAGUACAUGGAGUCCAACUUCAACCGCUAUGUCUCCAUACCCGCCCUCAAGCACUAUUUUAACGUCUCCAACUCCUACGUCCUGAGCAAGCUUCUGCUCGUCCUCUUCCCCUGGCGCCACAAGCCAUGGUCUCGACAGCAAGCUCGGAUGGCAUCAUCCUCUACCGGACCGGAUGGACAGAUCAUCCAGCAGAACUAUUCGUCCAUGUUCCUCCCCCCGCGUGACGAUCUCAACUCGCCCGAUAUGUACAUUCCCGUCAUGGCUCUAGUCACAUAUAUUCUGUUGUCGGUGCUCCUGGCUGGAUUCCGGGGUAACUUCCACCCUGAGCUGUUGGGCUCGAUCACCACCACCGCCAUUGCGGUGAUUAUAUUCGAGAUUCUCUGCCUUAAGCUGGCGACCUAUAUCUUGAGCAUCAACAAUGACUCACAGCUGCUCGAUCUGGUGGCUUACUCGGGCUACAAGUUUGUAGGUAUCAUCGUCACGAUGGUGGCGGCUGAGAUCUUGAAUCCUGGCCAGGGAACCGGAGGCUGGGUUGGCUGGACAGUCUUUGCAUAUACCUUUAUGGCCAACGCAUUCUUCUUGCUUCGCUCCUUGAAAUACGUGUUGUUGCCCGAUUCGGCCGACUCCGCUAUGCAUGCUGGCUCAAUGCGCCCCGUGGCUCGCUCUCAGCGCAACCGCCGCACACAGUUCUUGUUCGUCUACUCUUACGUUGUCCAGUUCAUCUUCAUGUGGGUUCUCAGCCGCGAAGGCCCAUCUGUGGCACCUGCUGCCUCUGCAUCGUCAUAA